AUGCCAAGGGGUAAAGGAAAGAAGAAACAGAUAUUUAAGUCAUUAUUAUGUUGCUUUAGUGAUAGAACAGGUGGACAUCAAAAAGAUAAUCAUAAUAAUAAUAAGACGAAUAGGACACAACAUGUUAAACAAGAGUUGAUCAAUGUAAAUCAUACGACUGGCGCACACCUAGGUCUAUCACAAGAUACACCAGAUUGCCUACUCAAACCAAUCGCUCCAGGUCUAAGCGGUAAGAAAACAUUGGUACUGGAUCUCGACGAGACGUUGGUGCACUCGAGCUUCAAGCCCGUGCCCAACGCCGACUUUAUCGUGCCGGUCGAGAUCGAGGGCCAGGUGCACCAGGUCUACGUGCUGAAGCGGCCGCACGUCGACCAGUUCCUCAUGGAGAUAUCGCAAAAGUUCGAGAUCGUCGUCUUCACGGCCAGUCUGUCCAAGUACGCCGACCCCGUGCUUGACCUGCUGGACCCGCACCACGUCGUGCACCACCGUCUGUUCCGCGAGGCCUGCCACCCGCACAAGGGCAACUUUGUCAAGGAUCUCUCAAAGAUUGGACGUGACCUCAAAUCCACCAUCAUCGUGGACAACUCUCCAAUGUCCUAUCUCUUCCAUCCUGAAAACGCCAUCCCCAUUGAAAGUUGGUUCGACAGUGACACUGACAUUCAACUGCUAGAGAUGCUUCCAUUACUCGACAGUCUGAUUCAAGUCGAUGAUGUAAGGACAUGUCUCGAUGUCAAUAAUAAUAGAGCA